AUGGGGACAAGUGAAGAUGUAGUAGAAUCACAGAUUAAAGAGUAUGUCCAGCAAGCUGUUGGUAGUUCCAGUGCAUCAUUAGUAGAUGAUAUUGUGGACAAAGUUAAAGAAAUCGGCAUAGAGAUACCCAGUGACUUCCAGUACAUGGAUGAGAGUGACCUGGAGUGCCUUGGGAAAUCAUCGGACGGACUGACUGCAUCAUCUUCAUCAGUGUCACCCUGUUCAAGUGUAUUGUCUUUGCCUGAUUCAUCACCCGAAGGUGUCUGCUGGUCUUCUUCAUACCAGAUUCCAUGGAAGAAACUGCCUAAAGGGCUGCAGGACAGUAUCCAGAGAAAAGAGAGACCUCUCCCGUCCGAGAGAAGACAGAUGAUCAGGGUUUUGGCAGAUGACAUUGUCAAAAUUACAUCAAGACCCAUGCGAAAGCAGUUGGCUGUUGUUGCUUCUAAAGUUGUCGCAGAGUUUCCAAGCAGCUUCCAAGAUAAACUAGAUGAUCUCAUCGUUGAUAAUGGGUAUAACUCUAUUCUGACCCAGCUAGAGCAGAGAUUCCAAAACUUACACAGACAACUAAAACCUAUGAAGAGAGUAAAUUCUAGUUCAGACGAGGCAGGUUCCAGCCAAGCUUCAAAUUGUAAUAAAGCCACUUGUUCGUACGGUACCAAUUCAGAGCAGUAUAGUCCAGCUUUACCCAGGAGUGAAGAAUCUCAAGAAGAAAAGAAGAAAAGCUUGCAAGAAAUGCACACAAGAGAAGUGUGGAAAUUGGAUACCUUAACAGAGUUGUUGGCAGAAACCUAUCCUACAGUGAGGCAUGUGAUCAACGGAGGUUUGCAGUCCAUCCUAUCUAUCAAGGAGGAUUGGCCCUUUCUCUUUGAGGAAGUUGGAAUGCUUCAUCACUUUGAAAUUCUUGUUGGUAUAAAGUUGAAGGAGACAUUGGCAGGUGCCUUAACGUCGAAGGUUCCAAGACUUUUGCAGUUCCUGGACUCCAAGCAGACGACAAAUAAGCAGCUUAAGUUGAAGCUUCAUGAGCUGAAUAGUGCAAAGCGCCAAACAUCAAAUAGCAGCCCUGAGAUUCUUGGAUUUUUGCUAGUUUUAUCAACAUUCUUUGGGGAGAACACCUCGGCACUUAUCCAAAGUGCAGAGUUGCUUGGUUGGGAUCAACCCCAAGACAGGGUCAAAGAUAAAGAAGACAUGGAGAGGUUCCAUAAACCCAAAGGUGCUGUCAGUCAUCAACAGUUUGAGUCAGACUGGAGCAAUUAG